AUUGGGAGGGCGGCACCGCUAACGCGAAGGGACAAAGUUUGAGCUCCGCCCCGCACCGUACCCAGAGCUUCCCCCUCCCUCUGUUAUUGCCAGAUCCAGGCGUCGAGAUGGCGGCUCCCGUCCCCGUGCGGGGCCGGUUUGUGGUGGUGGGAGGGGGGAUUGCGGGAGUCACCUGCGCCGAGCGGCUGGCUACAGAAUUUCCAUCAGAAGAUAUUGUCUUAGUAACUGCUUCUCCAGUUAUAAAAGCAGUAACAAAUUUCAAACAGGUCUCCAAAACACUAGAGGAGUUUGAUGUUGAAGAACAACCAAGCACUAUGUUAGAAAAACGGUAUCCCAACAUUAAAGUUAUAGAGUCUGGAGUGAAAAAGUUGAAAAGUCAGGAGCAUAAAAUUUUCACAGAAGAUGGCAAACAGUGUAUAUAUGAAAAACUUUGUCUAUGUGCAGGAGCAAAACCCAAGUUAAUUUUUGAAGAAAACCCAUAUGUAUUAGGAAUCCGGGAUACUGACAGUGCUCAGGUCUUUCAGAAUCAUUUGGCUAAAGCUAAAAGAAUAGCAGUUGUGGGAAAUGGUGGCAUUGCACUCGAAUUAGUGUAUGAAGUUGAAGGAUGUGAAGUAAUUUGGGCCAUCAAAGACAAAGCCAUUGGGAAUACUUUCUUUGAUGCGGGAGCAGCUGAAUUCCUUAUUCCAAAGCUAACUGCUGAGAAAUUAGAGACUGCAAUUGCAUGUAAAAGAAUCAAAUAUACGACAGACGGAAGCGAGAAGGAAGAAGGAAGUGUGGCAGCAGCUGACAAACUUGGCAGUGCCUUAGGCCCUGAUUGGCAUGAGGGCCUACAUCUUAAAGGAACUAAAGAGUUUUCUCACAAAGUUCACAUUGAAACACUGUGUGAAAUAAAGAAAAUAUACCUUCAGCAAGAAUUCAAGCAGCUGCAGAAGACCUCUUUGUCUUUUCCUAAAGAUAAUUCAGAUAACCAGAAUGCACACCUGGAGGAAGAGCUGUGGCCUGUAUAUAUGGAAUUAACCAAUGGGAAGAUAUAUGGCUGUGAUUUCAUUGUCAGUGCAACUGGAGUUGUGCCAAAUGUUAAGCCAUUUCUUGAUGGUAAUAAUUUUGCUCUAGGUGAAGAUGGCGGUCUGAAAGUGGAUAAACAUAUGCACUCUUCAGUAGCAGAUAUCUAUGCAGCAGGGGAUAUCUGCACUGCAUCGUGGGAACCUAGUCCAGUGUGGCAGCAGAUGAGGCUUUGGACCCAAGCUAGGCAGAUGGGAUGGUAUGCAGCAAAGUGCAUGGUAGCAGAUUCUUUAGGGGAAUCUAUUGACAUGGACUUCAGUUUUGAACUCUUUGCUCAUGUUACAAAAUUUUUCAAUUAUAAGGUGGUGCUUUUGGGAAAGUACAAUGCUCAGGGUUUGGAUUUAGACUGUGAACUAAUGUUGAGGUGUACCAAAGGGCAAGAAUACGUCAAAGUGGUGAUGCAGAAUGGACGAAUGAUGGGAGCUGUAUUGAUUGGUGAAACAGAUUUAGAAGAAACCUUUGAAAACUUGAUUUUAAAUCAGAUGGAUCUUUCAGCAUAUGGGGAAGAUCUCCUAAAUCCAAAUGUUGACAUAGAGGAUUAUUUUGACUGAAACAAAAACAUUGCUUUCCAUGAUUUUAUUUAGAGUUUGAACUUUCAGUGCUGUGGUUUAUAUAACAGUUUACUCAGAAUUUACAGAAAUCAAGUAACCAGGUGUAAUUAAAAUUCUGAAGUGAAGAUAUGGUGCUGGGGCUGUCAGGCAGCUGGGUGGUGGGAGAUACGUGCUGAAAUGGAGCAGCACAAAAAAAAAAUUCUUUGGCAUAUCAGGACAAAGUGUACAUAAGUCUAUGAUAAAUCAGAUGGGAGUUAUUGUUCCUUUUUUAAAACAGGAAUUUUUCACAUUUUAGUAAUUUAGUACCUGAAAACCUUGAACUGUGGCAACCAGAUUGGAAUUCUAUAUUGUUUGACAACUGGCUUGUCCUUCCUUGUCAUUCUUAACCGAGCGUGUUGGGAGUACUGCGCUGGCUUGUCCUAGAAGUGCCACCUAGCAAUUUGGGACUGGUAGAGCACAAAGGCACUUAAAGAAAGGGGUAGCAGUCACACUGCAUCUUCAGUAUCACCUGCAGGAAGACUUGCAUUAACAGGAUCCCCUGGAGGAGCCUUAUUCUUGGAAACUGCCACAGCAUGUCAGUUUGGGCAUUAUACAGAUUUUCAUCAGCCCAUUCCCAAAGGGGAAGUCCAGGGCAUGCACUAAGUUCUUUGUGGCCCCUUGUGUCCAAAUGUGCAUGCAGGUUCAUCCCAGGUAACUGACACUGUCAUUUAAAAAAAGACACUUUUAAAACAGGCUUGUUUUUGCUAAGACUUUUUUGCUCUCUCAGAUUUAUUUGAACUCUGUAUCCAGGGAGGAGUUUGUGGACAUAUUAAAGCCUAAAACUUGUAUUGUGGCAAGUGCCAAUUGAAUAUUUAAUUUUGAGCUGCAAAAUAUUACUUUUAUUUCUGCCACUAAAAUAAAUUUACAAUAAUCUAGCACCUAGUAUAUUGGAAGUUAUACAAGUGGCAUGUUAUAAAUGGUGAUGGCACAAACCAAUUCAAAUCUCAAGCAUUUCCUGCAGCUAGCUUUCAGUAUCUGUUAACCCUUGAAAAUAAGUGCUCAAAGGAGCCAAGAACUUUAAAGCCAUUCCUAAAUAUCUUCUCUGUAUUCUACAGUGCAAGCUACAGCAAUGAGAUUUUAAUAUAAAAGAGCCAAGUAUUAAUUUCCAAAGCAAUAUUUUUCUUUUUAAAAUUACAUUAACAGUACAGUGUACUCCACUGAAUGAGGAUGGCCAUUUUCAUUGAAACUUCUUCCAGAAAAUCCCUUUAGCCUAAUUAUGAGGUAUUCAUUGCUGUUCAUAAAUAAGGAGUGAAUUAAUUCCACUUAAAGGGAUGUUUUCAGUAAAUGGUGUUUAAUCUUGUAUGAAAUUUUAAGCUUUAGUCUUAACACACAUUGAAAUUACUACAAGAAACAAUAAAGAUGAAUCAAAACAAGUAGUUUUUUAUGCAGUACAAAACUAUUUUGGUAGCUGUGGAUAUUGCUGAAAAAAAAAGUCUUAAAUGUAACAGUCUAAUUUUCCAUUUAUUGUCAAAACUAUACUAGCGCUCAGCCAAAAAUAUUGAAACAAGCAAGGAAGUUCAGCGUUUUUACAGAUGCUCUAUCACUGACACCUGCUGUUCAAAGAAAGGGGGGGGGAAGCAUGACUGUAAGAGGUAAGGAUGAAACUUUACCUUUUCUGUGAGGAACCUGGCUUAUUUAUCAUGAAGCACUAGCCUACAAACAUAUCAGGUGUGACCACCCUCCCUGGCCCCAGCCAAAUCAGCAGCAGAUAAAUGUUUUAACCACCUGGAAAAGCUGUUAGAUAAACGCAGCAUGUAAGAAUUUUGAAAACUUGAGAACUAACCUAACAAGUGCCUAAAUAUAGUUUUAUUGUAGGUACCUGAGUUUUUUGAAAAUCUUGACAAAUGCAUAUAUAUGUAGGUGAUUUACCAGAGCAUCAUGUCUGCACCUAUUAAAUCUACAUUUAAGGA